UGCGAGUACGACUUGAACCAUGCACAUAUAUAGCACUGCUACAUACACCUCGCAUCGCAUCUCGCCGGCGACGACCAGUGUAAUAACGGUCUUACUACAGCUAGCAGCCAGCAGCUGAUGAUGGCGCGGUGGUCGGCGGCGGCGUUGUUCGCCGCAGCGGUGGUGACGGCGGCGGCCAGCAGCUGCGUCCUCGUCGCGGCGGUGCGGGACGACGACUUCUUCGUGGAGGGCUCGGUGUACUGCGACACCUGCCGGGCCGGGUUCGAGACGAACGCGACGACGCCGAUCGGCGGCGCCAAGGUGCGGCUGGAGUGCCGGCACUACAAGAGCGCGAGCGGCGCGGUGGAGCGGUCGGCGGAGGGCUCCACGAACGCGACGGGGCAGUACCGCAUCGAGCUGGUGGACAACCGCGGCGCCGAGGAGGUGUGCGUGGUGGCGCUGGUGAGCAGCCCCAUGCCCGGGUGCGGCGAGAAGGAGGUGGGCCGCGACCGCGCCCCCGUCGCGCUGCUCACCGACGCCGGGCUCGCCACCACCGUGCGCCGCGCCAACCCGCUGGGAUUCCUCAAGGAGCAGCCGCUCCCCAACUGCGGCGAGAUACUCGCGAGCUACGCGCUCCGAUCCGCGCCCAGCUACUGAGUACUGACGGCGCGCGGCAUGUUUGUUCCUGGCAUGCAUCCUGCUGCAUGCGCCUCGAUCUUGCUUGCAUUUCAUUCCGAUCCCACAUGUUUAGAUUACGAAUAAUUAAUCUCCAUCAGCUAGCACUAGCAGUGUAGGUUGUUACCAUCUCUGAAUCAUAUACCAUUUCGAAAAAAAUCUCUGAAUAUAUAUACUUCGUGUAAUUAAA